AGGUGAAAGUUGGCCGAUGUUUUUCGUGUGUAGAUCGUCGUUGUUCGGUUGGUUGAUUUCUUUGCUGUUAAACAUUUUCUAUCUCUCUGUCAAACGUAUUCAUUGGCUGUGUAUGCCGCAUCACUUCCAAUUAGGAUUUAAAUAGGUGUUUUGUCACGGAAAAAGGAAAAAUGAAAAGCAAUAUAUUAAUCUUGUUAUUGGUACUGCCAGCAUUAAUUUGCACCUUCAAUGCACAGCAUAAGUUUGUUGCAUUUGCUGAUGGUUCUGCGGAGGAUGACCUCGUCGAUGUGGAGGGCGAGGAUGGCGCGGUGACAGGUGAUGAUGUUGAGACUGAAGAAGAUUCUGAUUCUACAGCAACAACAUCUCCCUAUGCUGACACGUAUUUACUGUUCACGAAGCCAUUGUAUACAGCUGGACAACAAUUGGAUUUACCUGGUGGAAAACCUGUAGAAUUCCUUAUCGGUUUCACAAAUAAAGGCAAAAGCGAAUUUGUUAUUGAGACUGUGGAGGCGUCCUUCCGUUAUCCAAUGGACUUCAAUUACCACAUUCAAAACUUCUCAGCUGUCGCAUACAACCGUGAGGUGAAAUCUGGUUCAGAAGCUACCGUUGCGUAUUCAUUUUUGCCAUCAGACACUUUCGCUGGACGUCCUUUUGGUUUAAACAUUGCAUUGAAUUAUCGUGAUUCUGCUGGAGCUCAAUUUAGCGAAGCCGUUUUCAAUGAAACAGUAUUGAUUUCCGAAAUCGACGAAGGCUUGGAUGGUGAAACAUUCUUCCUGUAUGUGCUAUUGGCAGGUAUUGUUGUGCUUAUUCUGGUCAUAGGUCAGCAAUAUCUAUUGGGUUCAUCCGGUAAAAGGAAGCGUGCUGCCGCUAAAAAGACCAUUGAAACUGGUACGGCUAAUGAUAGUAACAUCGAAUAUGAGUGGUUACCACAAGAAACAUUGCGAGUACUACAACAAUCACCACCCAAAUCAAAGACACCUAAAACCUCGCCGAAACCAGGAAAACAGAGCAGCCCAAAGCAGGGUCAAAGCCCCAAGCAACGUAAAGUGAAACGCACAGCGGGUGACGAUUAGACGAUUGUUACUAUAUCAUAGUAAAAAUAACGAAACAAAUCACCUCAAAUGUAAACACAUAAUUGCAUUACGUACGCGUUCUAAAAUCAUUUUUUUUUUAUUAUUAAUACAUUGUUUUCUUUAUUUUAUGUGCGACAUUUGAGAAUUAUUAGUUUUUGAUAACUAAAAGUUAUUUUUAAGUCUGAAUAGUACUCUAAAAUUCAUCUAAUUACUGUCGAAGUUGUUGGUGUGCGUCGCGAUGCGCAGAUAUGUUGGUGAUAUAUUUGUUUUAUAUUUUUUUAAAACGUGCCAAAUUCAAGUGUUGCUACGCCACCAAUCAAUUCCGAUUUGAAUUGCAACCUAUGCAUGUGUUAGCAAGAAAUUUUUGUAGAGUUUUUUUUUCUACAAGUCCCGUAUUUUGCAGAGACCACCACCAGCUCAGCGUUUUUGGUUUCGUAUUCGAUAUUUAGUUCAAGCACAGACAAAAGUGUCGAAUUUUUCUAUUUGUGUUUAGAAAACGUUUAUUAACGAAACUAAUUUAUAAAACAAUAAAAAAUUUC